UCUAUUAUUUUGUGUGUUUAGAUGGCGCUCUGAAGUAUCUGGAAGAAUUGGGAAUCAUUUUCCUUUGACUAAUCCUACCUUAUCCAGAGAUUUGUUUGACAAGUUGGUUCAGCUACAGUUACGGGCUCUAGGGAAAUGCAUUGCUUUAUAAGGGAAAAGAGCAACUCUGGCCUCUCAUGAAAGAAGCACCAAUGCACUCCUUUCUCCUAUGGGAUUUUCUGAAGCAUCUUCUUUUUCUGGCUGGAAAUAGUUAUUGGAUAAAUUCAAAGCUAGAUGAGGUCAUCAUUUGCAGUGUUCAUAAAGAAAUGAACAGAGUUGCAUCUCCAAUCUGCCGUUCAAGCUAUUGAAGAGCCAUAGUUGGUGUGCGGAAAGGGUGCACAGUGAGGCAUGACAUGUGCUGGAAGUGAAGAUGGUGGAAAGGUUUCUUCAAUUGUUGCAUCUGGCAUUGAUUGCUUGCAUUUGGUUCUGGAAUUUGUUUAAGUUUCUAGUGAAUGCGAGGGGUAUGCAAGUAUGUUGCUCAGUUGCUCUACUUCAAGCUUCUGUUCGUGUUCUUCUUUAUUGCUUGGAGACAUUGGAUGCUAUUGUGGUAGCCCGGGAAGGCUUUUUUUCAUGGGAAGUAGAAGGAGUCAAAUGUGCAUGUUUUCUCAGAAGGAUUCAUGAAGAGCUAAGACAUCAAAAGGAGGUAUUUGGUCCACGCUGUCACCACUUUUUAUCUUAUUGCAUACGGGUCUAUUCAGGAUAUGGCCCACCCAAAGCAGGCAUCAAAAGGUUGCAGAUAGUUCUUUUUGCAGAUGGAAGAUUCUGCAUAUGAGGUGAAACCAGGAACAUACUAUCUCUGUCGGAC